GUGCGGUAAGAUGGAGUCGCGGACGUCGCGGUAAAAUGGCCGCUGUGCUCGUCCGUGCGAGCACUCUGAGGGAGCUGAGGAGGGUCGGCAGAAAAACACAACCAAAAAGUUCAGAAAAGAUGUGAAUGAGAUGUACAACGGCAACUGUAGCCCGAGGUUACCCGACCCCUUCUGCUGGAGGUUAUUCAAAUUGGGGCCAUGGAAACUCCUCCAACAGGGGCCCAGAUAGCUAUGGGGCACACAGCGAUGGAGGGUACAGGGGUGGCUACGGGACCAGCGGCUCAGGCUUGACAAAGAGGGGUUUCUCUGGAGGGUCUGUGGCCUCUCCUACGGGUACAAACGCCGAUGUUGUCAUCGCCAAGAUCAACCAGCGACUGGACAUGCUGACCCAGAUGGAAGGGGGCAUGAAGAGAGGAAGCCGAGGUGAUAGGUUUGACCAAUACGAGUCCUUCGACUCGCGUCCCUCCUUAAUCCAGCGUGAUCUCUACAGAUCCGGUAACUAUGGUUACAGUGAGGGCCAGCGGGGGGGCGCAGGCCCCGGGGGAGGCGGCUAUGAAGGUUCCUCCUCCUAUGGAUCCACCAAGCCUCAGCUGGUGCGGCAGCCACGUGACUCAUUCCCUGGCCCAGCUUGGGCAGGGCAACCCAGCCCAGGGGGCAGGGUAAGGGGACCAGGUGGUCCCGGGUUUGGGCGCUGGCAAGAACCCUCGAUGGGCGGAGGCCCAGGGAGCCAUUUCCCUGGCGGUCGGGGCAAGCCCCCGUCACUCCUGUCCCAUCACGUGUACCCAGAGAUGGGUGUGUACCGGCAGGGUCCUGGCCCACAGGACAUCCCCGGCAUCGGCCACUUUGGAGGGGGUGCCUGGGCGGGGCACCAGCGCGGGCGCAAGAGACCCGUCAAUCGACAGGUUAAGCCAGAGAAGGAUGUGAGGAAGAAGCGGAGGCUCUCGCCAUCUGCUGCAGAUGAGCCAGAUCCUAAAACAAGCCAAGCUGAGACAGGCGACGGAGAGCCCACCAAUGAGGUAAAGGAACCUGGUGAGAAAGCAGAAGAAAGCAAGGCAUCCCAGGAGGGCAUGGUAGCAGUGGAGGGAGAUGCCCUGAUGACGCAGGACGAUACCACACAGGUGAAGAAGAACUUGGAAGGCCAGCAACAGCAGCCACUCGCCCAGGACAAAGUGCCCAAGCAGAGAAAGAGGAACACUCGCUUUCUGGAGAGAUCAGGGGUCAUAUUUAAUGCUCAGAGGAUGAUGUUUGCCUGUUCAGUGUGCAAGUAUCGCUCCUUCUACAAGGAUGACAUGGACACCCACUUGGAGAGCAGAUUCCACAAAGAGCAGUUCAAGUUCCUGUCCAGCAAACUGUCCAAGCCCACUACGGAUUUUCUGCAAGAGUACCUGAAUGACAAGUAUAAGAAGACAGAGUUGAGGAGGAACCACAUAGAUGACAUAAACGCAGCUAUCUGCCAGAUGUACGAAGAGCAAGAUCUGACUAGAGAUCUCGGCAUGGAGCACUUCAUGAGGAAGGUGGAGGCAGCCCACUGUGCUGCCUGCAACCUCUUCAUACCCAUGCAGCACCACCUUAUCCAGAGACACCUCCGGUCUCCUGACCACAACUUUAACCGCAGGGGCAUGAUGGAGCAGUCAAAACGAGCCAGCCUGUCUGUGGCGCGCAGCAUUCUCAAUCACAAGGUCAUCAGUAGGAAGCUUGAGCUCUUCCUCAAGGGUGAGAACCCUUUUAACACCAACCCUGAUGACCAGGACCUAGACAAUUCCCUAAUGGUGGAUGUGCCGGAAUCAGAUCUGGUUAAUGAUGGCCAUGGGGAGGAGAAUCAGGGCACAGAAGAAGCAAAUGUCUGUCCUUCUGAGGAGUUGGGGACACAUGGAAUAGAAGAAAAGGCAGAGAAGGAAGAAGGAGUGGACUCACAAGGAGCAGCCGAAAAGGAAAGCCUGCUUGAGGAGCUGGGGUCAGGGAACGGAGAAGAAGAGGGAGUGAAUGUUGUGGAAGGGGAGGAAGGAGAUGUAGACACAGUAGCGUAACCUCCCCACUCUCAAAAUAGUGCUCCAUGCUUCCAUUCAUGGCUUUUAACCUUGAAACUGGUCUUCCGUCUGCUACUUGUUCUGGAAAAUGUCCCAGACCCAUGUCUCCUCCUUCAGCAAAACACACCAUCAUUGUUUUACUUCCUAUGCUGUGUAGCAGUGUGCAUUCUGAGAAAUGUUUCUGUACUGUGGACAAUACUGAAACAUUUGGUUUGGGUGGAAAACAGAUGUACUGUUAUUGUGACAUUCUUUAAUUUUUAUCACUUUUGGACAUUUCAAUAAAAGUCAAUA